AUGAUGGUUUCUUCACUUAAAACAUAUAUUUGGAAAAACUUUCUUGGUCUUCUCUGUUCUGGUAUUGAUGUUUACAUAAUGUUAGAUGAAAAUUUUGAUAUUAAUUCAUCAUCACGUAUCGAUGCUAAACCUCAUUCUCAACGAAAUGAAAAAUCUUAUUCACAUCGAUUUUUAUAUAUUUCAAAUGAAACUUUACAACAAAGUGGUGUUAGUUAUAUGAAUAAAUUACCUCGAAUUCAGUAUACUGCAUGGGACCGAACUGUUGCUUGGCUUUAUACACUUUCAAAUUUUAGUACAGUUUGGCUGAUUGAACAAGAUGUUCAGUGGUAUCAUCCGAAUAAUAUGACAAAAUUAUUUAAUCUAUUCAUUUCGAAUGAAGCAAAUAUUCUAUGUACAAAUAUUGUAUCAAGAACAAAUUCUUGGAAUCAUUGGCCAACUACGAAAUCGGAUAUAUUUCCUGACAUUUAUUGGACAGGUUCAUUUAGUCCUCUUGUUCGUUGGUCAUAUCGAUUAAUAAGAUCUCAUUAUCAAUAUAUGCGAUUGAUUCAUCAAAAUCGAUUACAAAAACAAUUUGAUAUAGAUUUUCGUUUUCAAGAAUUUAUUUUUGCAACAAUUGCGAAAAUGGAAAAUUUUACUUUAGAUGUUUAUAAUAAUUAUCAUUUUCUUCAAAUUGGUUUGAACAUUUAUAAUGAUGAUGAUAUUAUUCAACGGAUUCUAAAAGGCAAAUAUAUUUUACAUUGUGUGAAACAUGAUAGUAUUUUAACAAGAUAUACACCGAAUAAAUUAGCUCGUAUUAUACGAAGAAAUUAUACGAAACAAAACUAA